AAAACGGGUUCGUGAGCAUCGGAUUUUGAUUCGAGGAGACAUAUACAUACUUUAAUGAUGUUGAAGAUUGUAAGAGGACGACAGAUUUUUUGCUCCAAGUGUUUCACUAAUCAACUUCUCCUUGCUAGAAAUAGAACCGUUCUUACUGAGAUAAACAAUGCUGUAUACGGGUCAAAUAUACAAUGGCGUGGAAGGUCACAGGCUGCCUGUGUUCCUUCUGACGUACCAAAAGCCAAAAAAGGUCACAAAAAGGUUUCAAAAGAUGAACGGCGUGCUAUGGUGGAAUCUUUCGUGAACAAUUACAGAGCUACACAUAAUGGAAAAUUCCCAACUGUGACCAAUGCUCAAAAAAACGUGGGUGGUUCUUUCUAUGUUAUUAGGACAAUUCUUCAGGAACUAGAAUACGAAUCUAAAAUGUCAUCUUCAGACAGACGGACUGAUAAAAAUUUAGGAGUAGGGGUAAUAAAAAAGAAUAAAGUGACAGUGGAUGUCGAUGUCGAUGUGGAAUCUCAAAAUGAGCUCCAUAAGAUAGUUGCUCAAGAUGUGGAGAUUGUUGAUACCAGUGACAGACAUCUAGAAACUGAGGGAGGGCCUUUGGCCUCCUCUGUGGCUGGGAGGACCUUGUUUGAAGAGGUUGCAAAGCCUGCGGUUCAUGGUGGUCAGUCUGGUAGUGAAGAUGGUGAAAAAGAAGCUGUGGGUGUUUCUUCUAAUUUUGUUGCAAGUGAACGUCGUAUCUUAGAAGGAGAAACUGAGGAAGUAUCUCAUCCACACUUAGUAAAUGCAGAUGAGAAAGAGGAACAAAAUAAGUCGGACUAUUUACUGGAUCCUGGUGAUGUAAAGCGCAAAGACGAACCAUAUAAAGGGUCUUCUGAACCUGAACAGAAUGCAGUUGACAAUUCUAGUAGCGAGGCUAAAGAUGAAGUUUCCAAGAAAUCAACCUUGUGGGGAAACCUAAAGUCAUUUGCAGAUGGUUUUAUUAAUAUGUGGAAGAAACUGUAAAUCAUUGUCUUUGAUACCUUUUUGAACACUAUUGAUGUUAGGAUAGGUUGUAAUAUCAUCAUUUAAGGUUGAUAUGGCAGGUCUGGGACGUUUUCGUCUGCAGUUUUCGUUGAGUUCAUUCUCUUUGUAUAACAUAUGGCUUAUAUCUAGUAUGCUCAAUCUUUUGGGAAAGAUAAGAGAAGAAACCAGGAAGCACUUCAAUAUGUUUCUUGACGUUUACAUUGUUACUAAACUUUUGCCUGAAAUUAUAGUGUUAUCGGACAAUCUGUUCCUGUGUCUUUC